AUGACCCGCCUCAACCUCCAACGGCGCGCGGCCGCCAUGCCGCCCGUGGCCCGUUUACUUGUCCCUCACGGCGACGGCGACGGCGACGGCGACUGUGUGCUAAUAUACUUCGACGAGCAAUUCUCCAGCCAACUUCGAACGAAGCAACCUCUCGUAGCAACUCGCCCUCUCCCUCACGCUGUCGCCAUUGCCGCCGCCUUGCUGGACGAUGCUGUUGGCCUCGACUGCGACGACGACGACGACGACGACGACGACGAACCACACAAACUUGCGACGAAUAACCCAAGCACUGACGACCGAUACUGCGCCGCCGCCACCAUCAUCAUCAUGAGCACUCAAAGCGACACGAACAUCCACCUCAUCGUCGCCAUCCCCACCCUCAUCGGCUCCCUCCUUUCCUUCCUCGCCAACUUCACCGCCCUCCUGCUGCACAUCCUCUAUCCGCCCCAGCGACACUUCCGUCACGCGCUCAUCGUCAACCUCUUCAUCGCAGACCUCAUCAACAGCCUCAACAACACGGUCUCGGGCUUCUAUUUUCUCGCCCGAGGCUAUAACUCCAUCCACGCCACGCCCGAUGCCAAGUGCAUCGCCAACGCUUGGAUCGGCCAGCUGUCGGUCCAAGCCGUCGAUUUCAACAUCCUCAUCAUAUCCAUCGUCGUUCUUCUCACCGUCUUCAACAGCCAUCGCUCCUUUGCUCACUCGACCCUGUCGACCGUCCUCGUCUGCGCCGCCGCCUGGGUCCCGGGUUUGAUCACGAGCAACAUCGCUCUCGGCCUCGAUGCCUACGGCUAUGUGAGCGGAAACUGGUGCUGGAUCAAAGCCGACCGGCUCGGCCUUCGUUACGCCCUCACCCACGGCUGGCGCAUCAUCAUCUUCGUCGCCACCAUUCUCAUCUACACCUGCAUCUACAUUCACCUCAAGCGGACCUUUGGCAAGCUGCGGAUGAGCAACAACUUUUCGUCGAGCCUUCAGAGCCAGGACCGCCAAAGCCGUGUCGACCUCGAUCGCGGCUCAGACACGCAGGAGAUCCUCGUCGCCAGCACCUUUGUCAUCUCCCACGAGCUCAAGGAUCAGAGCCACGUCGUCCGUCACAGCCGCGUCAUGCCCGAUGGCUCCUCGUCCGACCAGGAGCCGUGGAACGGUCCCGGCCAAAACCACCACCAAACUCGCUUCGAGGUCUCGGCGGCCAACAGCAACCUCGCGGCCGCCCCGCGCUCCUACAUGGCCGCCCCGCCCAACCUGCGAAAGAUGCUGCUCAUGAACGGCUACCCGAUCGCCUAUAUCAUCCUCUGGCUCCCCGGCAUCGCCAACCGUCUGGCCGAGUCCCUCGGCAGCACGCCGCGCUGGUUGACCAUCCUGCAGUGCUCCACCCAGUUCAUCGGUCUCGUCAACGCCUUGACCUACGGCCUGAACGAACAGAUGCGCCAGCGCAUUUCCAAAAACUGGCAGGACAAGCGUGGCUUCUCCCGAGCAUGA